AUGGCCUCGAGUAACACAACGCUUGAUUGUGCACCUCCUAUGAAGGCUACAUCCCAUGGGGUGUUUCAAGGAGACAACCCACUUCAUUCGGCACUCCCUCUUGUCAUUUUACAAAUGUGCCUUGUGCUCGUACUCACUCGAGUCCUCGCUUACCUUCUUAAGCCAUUACGGCAACCUCGAGUUGUUGCAGAGAUCGUUGGUGGAGUUUUGCUUGGUCCUUCAGCUCUUGGCCGAAACAAAGCAUAUCUUCAUGCGGUUUUUCCUCCGAGGAGCCUUACUGUAUUGGACACGCUCGCAAACCUCGGACUUCUGUUCUUCCUCUUCCUUGUUGGGCUCGAGCUCGACUUGAACUCCCUUCUCCGGACCGGUAAGAAAGCACUGAGCAUAGCUAUUGCCGGAAUCAGCUUCCCUUUCGUCUUAGGUACAGGCGUAUCCUUUAUUCUUCGUGGGACCAUCUCCAAAGGUGUUGAUGAAGGCCCGUUUAUUGUUUUCAUGGGGGUCGCUAUGUCCAUUACCGCUUUCCCCGUGCUUGCACGAAUCUUGGCUGAACUCAAGCUCUUGACGACUGACGUUGGUAAAAUGGCCAUGUCCGCGGCCGCCGUUAACGAUGUGGUGGCCUGGAUUCUACUCGCACUGGCUGUUGCCCUUUCGGGAACUGGUCGUUCUCCGCUCGUUGCACUAUGGGUGUUCUUGUGUGCGUCGGCUUUCAUCGUGUUGUGCUCGUUCUUGGUGCCGCCGGUUUUCAAAUGGAUGUCGCAACGGUGCCCCGAUGGCGAGCCAGUGGACGAGCUGUACGUUUGCGCAACUCUAGGUGGGGUUUUGGCGGCGGGUUUCAUCACGGAUACUAUCGGGAUUCAUGCGCUUUUCGGGGCUUUCGUGGUCGGAGUUCUGAUCCCGAAAGAAGGUGCUUUUGCAGGGGCAUUGGUGGAAAAAGUUGAGGAUCUCGUCUCUGGAUUGUUCUUACCGCUUUACUUUGUAUCGAGUGGUUUGAAAACGAACGUGUCCUCGAUCCAAGGUGCUCGGUCUUGGGGUUUACUCGUUUUGGUCAUUCUUACUGCGUGUUUUGGGAAGAUUGCGGGAUCCGUUGGGAUUUCACUUGUGUGUAAGAUCCCGUUCAUGGAGGCCCUUGCGAUCGGGCUUUUGAUGAACACGAAGGGUUUGGUUGAACUUAUCGUUCUCAACAUCGGGAAAGACAGAGGGGUACUGAACGAUGAAACAUUCGCUAUAUUGGUUUUGAUGGCACUAUUAACGACAUUUAUCACGACGCCCCUAGUCGUUGCAGUAUAUAAGCCGGCGAAAGCACCAUCAAAUUCUGAAUACAAACACCGAAUGCUUCACCGGAAAGGUUCUUCCACGAGCCCGUUCCGUAUGUUGUUCUGCUUCCACAGCGUAAGAAACAUACCAACGAUGAUCAAUCUGAUCGAGGUUUUACGUGGGACUGGAAAGAAGGAGGUGCUUCUGGUCCACGCGAUGCACCUCAUGGAGCUUUCCGAGAGGUCUUCGGCUAUACUCAUGGUUCAUAAGGCCCGAAAAAACGGGCUCCCGUUUUGGAAGAAGGAUCCGAACUCGGGCUCGGACCAGAUCGUGGUGGCAUUCGAGGCUUUCCAGCAUCUGAGUAAGGUCUCAAUCUGGCCAACGACCGCCAUAUCGGCGGUUUCAAGCAUGCAUGAAGAUAUUUGCAAUGGGGCCGAGCGUAAUCGGGCUGCCAUGAUCAUCCUCCCGUUCCAUAAGCACCUCAGGCUCGAUGGUCAACUCGAAACCACUCGAGCCGAAUACAGACACGUUAAUCGGAAGGUUUUGGAGUAUGCACCGUGUUCAGUUGGCAUUUUAGUCGACCGUGGUUUUGGCGGGAGCUCACAUAUUGCCGCCAGCAAUGUCGACUCGGUGGUUACGGUAUUAUUCUUCGGCGGCCAUGAUGACCAUGAGGCAUUGGCCUAUGGUGCCCGAAUGGCCGAGCAUCCCGGAAUCAACCUUACCGUGGUCCGAUUCCUUCUCAACCCUACCGAUACCACCAGCACCCCGGGAUCCGUCACCGUCGAUAUCCAAGAAUCCAGCACCGCUGAAGCCCAGUCGGCCGAUGACGAAGUUAUUAAAGAAUUCAACAUGAAGUUGGUCUCGAAGGAUUGCAACAUGAAAUACGACGAAAGAGUGGUGGCGGAUGGGUCGGAGAUGGCGGAGAUGAUCCGUGAAUAUAGCCGGAGCAACCUUUUUCUGGUGGGGAGGAUGCCGGAAGGUGAGGUGGUGGCGGCGUUGCUGAAGACGAAAAGCGAGUGCCCGGAGAUGGGACCGAUCGGAAACUUGCUGAUUUCGCCGAGCUUCACGACGGGGGCGUCGGUGCUGGUGGUGCAGCAUUAUCAUCGUCAAUUAUCUCUGAUUUCGUUAGCUUCUUUGAAAGAAGAUGAAACCACUGAUUUGGGUUAUUCUCUUUCCACUUGUGCUCACUCGAAAAAACUGUAUGAGAAUAAACCAUGUAAGAGAUUCGUGCUCUAUUACCAUGACAUUCUCUUCAAUGGUACUAAUAUCGCUAACGCCACUUCUGCUGCAACCACGAACUAUACCAGUCUUGGGAAUUUCAAGCAUGGGAUGCUUGUCGUCUUCGAUGAUCCCAUGACCAAAGACAACCACCUCUUAUCUACCCCAGUGGCUCGAGCACAAGGGUUUUACUUCUACGAUAUGAAGACAACGUAUAAUGCCUGGUUUUCUUACACGUUGAUUUUCAAUUCUACUGAACAUAAGGGUACACUUAACAUUAUGGGUGCAGAUAUGAUGAGUGAGGAGACCAGAGAUCUAUCGGUUGUCGGUGGCACGGGUGAUUUCUUUAUGGCACGAGGAAUUGCUACUUUUCGUACUGAUGUUGCUCAAGAUGAUUACUAUUUUCGACUUGAAAUGGAUAUCAAGCUGUACGAAUCAAUGGCACGAAUAGUUUGCAAAUACAGUUAUUUAGUUCUUCUAUCAAUUAUGAUUAUACUCUCUCUUUCUACUUAUGUUCACUCGAACAGACUGAAUGAGAAUAAACCAUGUAAGAGAUUCACGCUCUACUACCACGACAUCCUCUUCAAUGGUACCAAUGUUGCUAAUGCCACUUCAGCCACAGCCGUGAAUCGUACCAAACUCGGGGAUUUCAAGCUUGGGAUGCUUGUCGUCUUCGAUGACCCCAUGACCAUAGACAACCACCUCUUAUCCCCCCCUGUGGCUCGAGCACAAGGAUUUUACUUCUACGAUAUGAAGACUACUUAUAAUGCAUGGUUUUCUUAUACGUUAAUUUUCAAUUCCACUGAACAUAAAGGUACAAUUAACAUUAUGGGUGCAGAUAUGAUGGAUGAGGAGACGAGAGAUCUUUCAGUUGUUGGUGGUACAGGUGAUUUCUUUAUGACACGAGGGAUAGCUACUUUUCGUACCGACACUUUUCAGGGUGCUGACUAUUUUCGGGUUCAAAUGGACAUCAAGUUGUACGAGUGUUAUUAAAUGAUAUUCUCGUUAAUAAAUAUUGAAGAAUUUCAGUACUGUAAUAUUUCUUUUAUGAUCAUUGAGUACCUAAACACCAAAUGAUGUUUUAUGUCUUUAUAUAUUAAUAGGGUUAUAACCCAUGUUAUG